CCGGCACCCGCAAUCAACUCACAUCUCUUUGCAUUAUUCUCCAUUUCUCGACUUUCCACUCUCCUCUCCCCUCCCCUCAUUCCUUCUUUUUUGGUUGUCGACCAGUCUCUUUGGUCCGCCGGUCGCCCAACAUGUCUGACAAGCCACAACAACCCCUCCCCUUCGUCUACCAGUUCGCCGCCGGUGCGGUGGCUGGUGUCUCUGAGAUUCUGAUGAUGUACCCAUUGGACGUUGUCAAGACUCGUGUGCAACUUCAGACCGGAGCCGCUACCGCUGGUGGUGAGCACUACAAUGGCAUGUUCGACUGCUUCCGCAAGAUCAUCAAGCAAGAAGGUUUCUCCCGUCUGUACCGCGGUAUCUCCGCGCCUAUUCUGAUGGAGGCUCCCAAGCGUGCGACCAAGUUUGCGGCCAACGACAGCUGGGGUACUUUCUACCGUGGCCUCUUCGGUGUGCAGAAGCAGACCCAGAGCUUGGCCGUUCUGACCGGUGCGACUGCUGGUGCGACCGAGGCUUUCGUCGUGGUUCCCUUCGAGCUGGUGAAGAUUCGUCUGCAAGAUAAGGCUUCCGCUGGCAAGUACAACGGCAUGCUGGAUGUGGUGAAGAAGAUUGUUCAGCAGGAGGGCCCCCUCGCCUUGUAUAACGGUCUGGAGUCCACUCUCUGGCGUCACAUCCUCUGGAACGCCGGUUACUUCGGCUGUAUCUUCCAGGUUCGCGCCCAGCUGCCCCAGCCCGAGCCCGGCAACAAAAGCGAACAGACCCGCAAUGACUUGAUCGCCGGUACCGUUGGUGGUAUCGCUGGUACUAUCCUCAACACCCCCAUGGAUGUCGUCAAGUCCCGUAUUCAGAACACCACCAAGGUUGCUGGCCAGACCCCCAAGUACAACUGGGCCUGGCCCGCCGUGGGCACCGUCAUGAAGGAGGAGGGCUUCGGAGCUCUGUACAAGGGCUUCAUCCCCAAGGUCCUCCGUCUGGGCCCCGGUGGUGGUAUCCUUCUCGUCGUGUUCACUGGCGUCAUGGACUUCUUCCGUAAGAUGCGCGACGAGUCUGCCGUUUAAGCUACUUGGUCUUCAACCUGCAAAAAUUAUACCACUGUUUCUGUAUGAAGUCGAUAUCGAGGUUUUUCGAGCGAAAUCAACCACUUUUCAAAAUAUCAAUUCACCGUCCGGCGAUCCAUCAGGAAGGAACCUGACCACGGCCAUCCAUCCCUUUGGAUGUGUACUAUGACUUUGAUGUACAGUGUCUUUGGGUCUCUUUUUCCCUUACAAUUGGCCUUGACAGACUUAAAGUUUGUAAAAUUACUCAUCCUUUUGCUUAAUGUUUGUCUGUAUCGAAAAUCAGAGAAGAACUUGUACUGUAGAUACAUACAGAAGCUAGCGAUUGCAACCUUUGAAUGAAAAUAUCACCC